ACAAACAUGCCCAUGGCUCAAAAGGAGCGGAAUCAAAAUGCGUCUCUUUAACUGGAAUUCAUAAAAAUUAUUGUGAAAUCCGGUCCGCGGUCCGAAACGCUGUCUCACUCUGACUCUGACACAAAAAACACCCCUGCAUCAAAGCUCAGCCAGCCAAGCUUAAGUGCUCCCUCUAUCUCUCUCACUCGAGCACCGAGAGAAAGCUUUUUCUUUGCUCUGCAUUUUGAGAACAGUGAAGAGUGAGAGAGAGAGAGAGACAAAAAUACGUUACUCCCUAGUUCCAUUCUCUAGAAGAAGAACGUUGGAAGUUUUACUGACCCAAGUUGAGUAAAACGCAGUAAUAGUAAAGUACAAGAGAAGAUUCUUUGGAUUUUCUUUUUAUGAACAAUGGUUUCAAGAUUCAAGCUUAUCUUUGCAGUUUCUUUUUUGCCUUUACUUUUAGAUUUCUGCAGGGGAAGCAUAGUUGGAGUUUGCUAUGGAAGGAAUGCUGAUGAUCUUCCAACACCUGAUAAAGUAGCACAACUGGUUAAACUUCACAACAUUAAGUAUCUCAGGAUUUACGAUUCUAAUAUCCAAGUGCUGAAGGCCUUUGCAAACACUGGAGUUGAACUUAUGGUUGGAGUUCCAAAUUCAGACUUGUUAGCAUUCUCCCAGUUCCAAUCAAAUGCAGAUUCAUGGCUAAAGAACAGCAUCCUUCCAUACUACCUGGCCACGAAGAUCACAUACAUUACUGUAGGUCUCGAAGUCUCAGAGAGCCCAGAUAAUGCCUCUGCCUUGGUUGUACCUGCCAUGCAAAAUGUCCUCACAGCAUUGAAAAAGGUUGGUCUGCACAAGAGGAUUAAAGUUUCAACUACCCAUUCCCUAGGGGUUCUGUCCCGAUCAUUCCCACCAUCUGCUGGGGCUUUUAACAGCAGCCAUGCAUUUUUCUUGAAACCUAUGUUGGAAUUCCUAGCUGAGAACCGGUCACCUUUUAUGAUUGAUUUAUAUCCUUAUUAUGCCUAUAGAGACUCUCCAAACAAGGUUUCUUUGGAUUAUGCUCUGUUUGAGUCAUCUUCAGAAGUCAUAGAUCCAAACACUGGUCUACUUUACACAAACAUGUUUGAUGCCCAGAUAGAUGCCCUUUAUUUUGCCCUGAUGGCUCUAAAUUUCAGAACAAUUAGGGUUAUGGUCACUGAAACUGGCUGGCCUUCCAAAGGUUCAUCCAAAGAGAAGGCUGCUACUCCUGACAAUGCCCAGACCUAUAACACCAAUCUUAUUCGACAUGUUAUCAAUGACUCUGGUACUCCUGCCAAGCCUGGUGAAGAGCUAGAUGUCUAUAUUUUCUCAUUGUUUAAUGAGAACAGGAAGCCUGGACAGGAAUCAGAGAGAAACUGGGGCUUAUUUUAUCCAGACCAGACAAGUGUAUAUAAUCUGGACUUCACUGGAAAAGGUGCUGUUGAUAUGACAAGAAGCGGGAAUGGUACCAAUUCAAGUGGAACCACCUGGUGCAUCGCCUCUAGCAAGGCGUCUGAAGCGGAUUUACAGAAGGCCAUAGAUUGGGCUUGUGGUCCUGGGAAUGUGGAUUGCUCUGCCAUUCAGCCUAGCCAACCAUGUUUUGAGCCAGAUAAUCUAGUUUCUCAUGCCUCUUUUGCAUUCAACAGUUACUACCAGCAAAAUGGGGCUAGUGAUGUUGCAUGCAGUUUUGGAGGAAAUGGUGUCAAAGUUGACAAGGAUCCUAGCUAUGAUAAUUGCAUCUAUCUGACCGCUGGAGGGAUCAACAAAACUGCAGCAAGUAAUGCGACUGCCUUUGCUAAUACCUCAUCCUCCACACGAAAUGAAGUGCACGCAUGGAUUGCAAGUUUCUUUCUACUGACUUUAAUCUCAUUUAUCUUGAACCUGGGCAAUGUGUUAGAUGCAUCAUUCUGAAAACGGUUGAGCAGUCUGGCAUGGACAUGAAGGGGGCCCUCACAAGACAAGGGAGAUGUGUUCAAGAAAUUUGUGAUGGGGAAGAUUUGCCGCUACCUCCAGUUUUUGUUUUGGUAUAUUGGUAGUGCUGAAGGUGCUGUAAAAUGAGAAUGUAUAUGCUGACCAUUGCUGCUGCUUGUAUUAAAUGUGGUGCGAUUGCAGUAUCCUGUGUUGGGUACAAUUUUCACGCUAGUUAAAGGCCAAGGUUUCUUUUUCAUCAGAAUGUUUAUCCUUAAUUCUAAUACCGCGGGGAUUCUGAGACUGUAGCUUCUCCUUCGGAGCCCAACCAUUCCUUACCUGUUCAUCUCCAAUUUCCCCCACCCAUCCAAAUUAAAAUGCAAUAGCCUCCAUUUUGAGGCGGCCAGUUGAAAAAAAUCCGAAUUCUAGGAACGAUUCACAUCCAGAUCAAAGGGCAUCUUUGUUCUUUUUUCCCAUGAACAUAAUCUAGCUACCGUCCUCGCAAACAUAGACAUUCUCGUUCACUAGAAAUGUAGAAGCUGCUCUGUGAUUUGCAAACUAUUAAAUCUUAACCGCAAUCCGGUAUGCGCCAUCUAGGGUGCUUAUCCUAUCUCAUUCUAACAGCAGAAUGGAAGUACGAAAGGAUUGGAUAUUGCUCGAUUCAACUAGUGAUUUCUUCUCUAAUCGCCUACAAAAACAUCAAGCCCACUACCAACUUGGCAGUUGGCAAGGAGCACAUGCACCACCAUAAGAAAGCCUUUUCCAUCUUCACAACGCAGACUAGUUUUAACAGAGCAAGGGGGGCGUGGGAACAGUAUCAACCGAAUAAGAUUCUAACCUUAAACACAAACCAUGAAAAACCCUUCU